ACAUUCCUACAUCGCCUCUAUAAUUCUUCCAACUAUCCCCACUGUCACACAACAAUGAUGAUGCCACAGUAGCAUCACAUUUUCAGUAAUUCAUCAUCUUAUUCCAUUUACUACUUCUGUGUCUAAUCCAGACAAGUAAAAACACUGCAACUUCUGCCUGGCGGUGAGCCAAGAGUUACCAGAAAGCUUAUUGUCAGAGCUCCAAGUACUCAAAACAGAGUCAUCAAGAUGAUGUCGAGUUAUGUGAUGAGCCCUGUCGACGAAACUUACACGCUGUUUCAAAUCCUGAAAGGAAGCGCACUCUUCCUACUGGUGUUAUGGACAAUUUUUGCAAACUCGCUGGUGUUCAUAGUGCUAUACAAAAACCCACGACUUCAAACUGUUCCUAAUCUAUUGGUCGGUAAUCUGGCAUUCUCCGAUCUGGCUCUCGGAUUAAUAGUUUUGCCAUUAUCAUCUGUGUAUGCUAUUGCUGGAGAAUGGGUUUUUCCUGACGCAUUAUGUGAAGUUUUUGUGUCAGCUGACAUUCUCUGCUCGACCGCUUCUAUCUGGAACCUCUCAAUCGUCGGUCUUGACAGAUAUUGGGCUAUCACCAGUCCGGUCGCUUAUAUGAGUAAAAGAAACAAGAGAACAGCGGGUAUAAUGAUAUUAUCAGUCUGGAUAUCUAGUGCAUUGAUAUCCCUUGCACCACUUCUCGGCUGGAAACAGACUGCUCAAACUCCAAAUUUAAUCUACGAAAAGAACAAUACAGUCCGCCAAUGCACAUUUUUGGACCUGCCUAGCUACACGGUCUACUCGGCAACAGGCUCGUUCUUCAUUCCAACACUGCUCAUGUUUUUUGUAUACUUCAAAAUCUAUCAAGCGUUUGCAAAACAUCGCGCUCGGCAGAUUUACCGUCAGAAGGUUAUUCGAAAACACAUUGAGUCAACUAUUCUCCAUGAGAUUAGCCACGUCCUGCCGACGUCAGAUGAGUUUGCGAAAGAGGAAGAGGAGGAAGAAGAUAGCGAAAGUAGUGGGCAAGUCGAAAACGGACUUGGCAAUGGAAACGAUGCAAUAAUUGAAGAAGACGAGUGUGAAGAUGAAGACUCGGAUGAAAAGCGAGAUGAUCACACUUCAAUGACAACAGUGACUGCAACGGUGACUGGUCCAACUGAAGCUCCAUACAUGAAAAGAGAAGCGAAAAUCUCAAAAUCUGUACCAAUUGAAAAAGAAUCGGCGAUUCAAAAACGAGAAGCUAAGCCUAUGAGGAGUGUUAUGGCGAUCAGUUAUGAAAAAGUAAAACGUCAUAAGAAUAGGAAAGAGCGUAUAUACCGUAAGAGUCUACAGCGAAAGCCUAAGGCUAUAUCAGCAGCCAAAGAAAGACGUGGAGUCAAAGUACUUGGCAUCAUCCUAGGAUGCUUCACAGUUUGCUGGGCUCCAUUUUUCACAAUGUAUGUGCUGGUUCAAUUUUGCAAAGAUUGCAGUCCGAAUGCUCACAUUGAGAUGUUCAUUACUUGGCUUGGGUACAGCAAUUCCGCAAUGAAUCCUAUCAUUUAUACGGUAUUUAACAGAGACUAUCAAAUUGCUUUAAAACGCCUUUUCACUUCGGAAAAGAAACCCAGCUCAACUUCUCGUGUCUAAUUUAUGCUCCUAGUGAUUAUAUUCUUUUUUCUGUACAUUUAAACUUCUACCGCUUUUAUCAGUUACUGUAGAUGCUCUGUGCAGCAUAAAGCAACCAUGUCAAUUGCCAUCUCGGGUUCUAUUGCUUCCAUUUUUCCAUAAGCAAGGUGUAUUUUCCUAGCUUUUUCUCGGUUUUAAUGUCUCAUUCUCAAUUUCUAAUUUCUUGUUUCAAAAUAAACUUACAGACUAAAUUUU